AUGUUCCCGCCGCCGAUGGACCACAAAAACAUUCCGAUGCGUGCUUACCGGCGCAGUUUUCCGGGUACUUCGCAGUCAUUGUAUCCGUCGAGACCUUGGAUGGCUGAAACUGGGGCAACUGCUCCCGCUGGUGGAUCCAAUCAGGGUCUGAAAGGAGUCAUUGCAGGUGGAAUAACAGGCGGUAUCGAAAUCUGCAUAACCUUUCCAACCGAAUAUGUUAAAACGAGGCUUCAAUUGGAUGAGAAAUCUGGAAAAGCAAGACAGUUUACUGGGAUCAAAGAUUGCGUUGUCAAGACCGUCAAGUCCCACGGAGUUCUCGGACUCUACAGAGGCUUGUCUGUCCUCGUUUACGGAUCCAUCCCGAAGUCUGCUGUCAGGUUUGGAGCGUUUGAGCAACUGAAGAAGCUCAAUGCGGACUCGACUGGGAAGCUGACCGCGGGUCAGAGACUCCUUUGCGGUCUCGGAGCUGGUUUGUCUGAAGCAGUGCUUGCUGUGACCCCGAUGGAAACGGUAAAGGUCAAGUUCAUCCACGACCAGACUUCUGCUAACCCCAAGUACAAAGGGUUCAUCCAUGGCAUUCGUAGCAUUGUGGCUGAACAAGGAAUCGGAGGAACGUACAAAGGUCUAGCGCCGACAAUGGCUAAGCAAGGGAGCAACCAAGCGAUACGAUUCUUCGUGAUGGAGACUCUCAAGGAUUGGUGGCGCGGCGGCGACCCGAACAAGCCAGUCAACAAGUUGGUGGUGGGUGGUUUUGGUGCCAUAGCUGGCGCCGCUUCGGUUUUUGGCAACACCCCGAUCGACGUGGUCAAGACCCGGAUGCAGGGCCUAGAGGCGAGUAAGUACAAGUCGUCGGUUGACUGCGCCCUGCAAAUCUGGCGCCACGAAGGCGCCGCCGCCUUCUACAAGGGAACUUUGCCUAGACUGAGUCGCGUUUGUUUGGACGUGGCCAUCACGUUCAUGAUCUACGACAGUUUCAUGGAGGCUUUCAACAAGAUUUGGAAAUGAGUUCUUUCGCAAUUUAUUUUUCUUGGAACCAAGAAUUGCAUUAGUAUGUCUAAUCAAAACUAGGACAACAUGGAAUCGAGCCAGCAGCGCAUCGGGAUUUUAGCUAAUUCGUGGAACUAGGAUGAUGUUCUUGAUAAUCAUGGAUAACGUUCAAAACAAACCUCGUGGUUUAUGUGAGGAAAAUGAAAACGUUAAAUAUUUGAAAAUGAAUGGAGCAGCGUUUCCAAUUUUGGUGCAUUCAUGAUGCCAUAAUCGUUCGUUUGAUCAGAAUCUUUUUUGUGUAUUUUGUACACAUGUCGAUACGAAUCUCGCGCAGAUCGUUGGAAUCUAAACUCUGAGAAAUCUCCUGUUUAUUCUUUGUACUCUACUUAUCGUUUCUCGCGUUUUCUGUGAAGUUGAUUAAACUUUUUGUGUCAUACUCGUUCGCCAGAAAAAUGUCACGGAAUUUUCAAAGUUGGCGAUCAGGAGCAAUUCGUUUGCUUUAAGAAAAUUGCGUUAAAUUCUCGGGUCAGUUCUAGCUUUUUUGUUUGGAAAAUUUGUCAACUUCUGUGGUUGGAAAAAUUUGCAAUCUUCUCCGUGUGUAAUUUUGCGGUGGGGUAAAUACAGUGUUCAGGCGAUAAAUGUGAAUGUGGCGGCUGGGAAAAAUAAGUUUCGUGUAUUGGGAACUGUGCAAAGCAAUUCCUGGUAGAUUUUAAUAUUGAUGUCGGUGAUGUUGAAGCUUAACUCCAAAAACCGUGCAAGCUGCGCGCAAAAUUUUCGCUGAAAAACAUCGAAGAAAGUUGCGUAAUGUUCUCUGAAGGAAAAUGUUUUCCCUAAUUGUCGGAAAAAAAUUUCAAGCAAGGUACGAAAGCAAAGAAAUUUUAUAGAAAUGUAUGUGAAACUGCGGAGAAAGGACUAGGCUUUCAAUCGAAUUUCUGCGUAUCUUGGCGAAACAAAUUAUGCAAGUGUGUUAUUGCUGUGGUGCUGGGGAAACGUGUACAAGGGUGAUGAUCAGGAGUCUCAAGACUUUCACAUUGUUACAAACUUAACAAAUCGUCUUUCAGAACAUUCCUGAAGUUGCUUCGAAAACGUAUUCUGGAAAUCUUGCUUAAUUUGAAAGAGUUUUGACAAGUUUCAAAAUUCCUGCGAGGGAGAAAGAAGCCUUAUUCCGUGCAUAUCAAACAAAAAUCCCGCGUGAGAAUAUAUCACUAUUUUGUUCGGCAUUGCCAUUUUCAUUUUUGUUCGUUCAUUGCUGUGUUAUAUCAAAGAAGAUUCCGUUAUUUGUUUCUUGCCAGUUGAUUUUUAGAGAGUUUUUGUUUUUUACGUUUGGGGCUUUUCAAAAAGUGUUUGGGACGAAUAUUCAGCAACGCGGGAUUUUUAUUUUGAAUGGAGUGGCCUUGUUGUAAAUGUCUUUCAAUGGAAUAUUAUGCGAAACUCGUGUGACUCAUUCCAGUGUUUAGGGGAACUGUGGAGCCUUGAAAUAGAAACUGUUACCUGAG